AUGGCGGGGGCUGCGAGGGACACCCCGGCGGGCGAGCAGAAGGGGUACAGGCUCUCGGUGUGCAGCAAACUGUGCUAUGCCAUAGGAGGUGCCCCAAACCAAGUGGCAGGGAGUGCUGCUUCUUUCUUCCUGCAGAUCUACCUGCUGGACAUAGCCCAUAUUACUCCGUUUCAUGCCUCUUUGGUGCUGUUCAUUGGCAAAGCCUCAGGUGCAGUUACUGAUCCUGUUGCUGGCUUUUUUAUUAGCAAAAGUAGAUGGACAAAAAUUGGCCGGCUCAUGCCUUGGGUGCUGGCAUGUACACCCUUCACUAUAGUCUCCUAUUUUUUAAUGUGGUACCCUCCUCCAUUUGUAUCAGGAAGAGUUGCUUGGUAUCUGACUUUCCACUGCCUUUUCCAAGCACUGACCACAUUAUUCCAAGUACCAUAUUCUGCCCUCACCAUGUUUCUCAGCACAGACCAGAAGGACAGAGAUUCUGCAACAGCAUAUCGAAUGACCAUGGAAGUUCUUGGGACCUUGAUUGGAGCUGCACUUCAGGGGCAGAUUGUGGCCAGUGCUCAUGUCUCUCCUCACUGCACUGUGAAUCCCUCAGUAAACACCACUGACUCCUGGCAUGACACUCCCAGCAUUCCAGACCCCUCAGAUCCCCUGUCUCAUCAGGCAAAAGUUUACAUGAUUGCAGCAGGGGUCAUAGCAGGUGUGUAUCUUCUUGGAAUUGUCAUUCUUUUUCUUGGAGUAAAGGAAAGGGAUGAUCCUUAUGCCUUAAAAUCAGACAGAGCAAUUCCUUUUUGUAAGGGGCUUGCACUCACCAUGAAGCAUGGUCCAUAUGUGAAGCUUACAGCUUCAUUUCUUCUCAUCUCGACAGCAGUUCAGCUGGAGCAGGGGAACUUUGUCCUGUUCUGCACACACGCUGCUGGCCUCCGCAAUCACUUCCAGUAUUUGGUGGUGACCAUCUUGGUAUCAGCAGUUGUGAGUGUUCCCUUCUGGCAGAAGUUUCUGCAGAGAUUUGGCAAGAAGUGUGCAGCAUGUGGGAUUUCGUGGAUGAUUCCUUUUGCAGUCAUGCUAGUGACCAUUCCAAACCUGAUCCUGGCUUACUUUGUGUCCUUCAUCUCUGGUCUGAGCAUUGCAGCGUCUCUUCUGUUGCCAUGGUCAAUGCUGCCUGAUGUUGUUGAUAACUUUCGUCUGCAGAAUCCCCAUGGGAAAGGACAUGAAACCAUUUUCUAUUCCUCUUACGUUUUUUUUACCAAGAUGUCAGCAGGAAUUGGCUUAGGAAUUUCUGCAGCAGCACUGGAGUUUACUGGAUACAAGCCAGGGAUAUGCAGACAGUCAGAUGAUGUGAUCCUCACGCUGAAACUCCUCAUUGGAGCAGUCCCUGCCAUCCUCAUCCUUUUAGGUUUAUUUAUACUCCUUUUCUACCCGAUCACUGAAGAAAGUCGGAAAGAAACAAAGCUUGCCCUUGAAGAGUUAAGGAGGAGCCAUCAAAGCACAGAGAACUUGGACAGCCACAGAAAGGACACCUCGGUCUGAAAGCUCUGAAUGCAGUGGCUUUCCAAAUACAGACUCACAUCCCACCAACCAACUCUGAGAGUUUUCCAGGUCAUUUCUCUGCUCACAUUUUAUCAAAAAGGACAAAGGAUGAUUCUGAUAUAGCCAGUAACGAAAUUGAGAGGGCACACCAUUGUGCAAAUAUACAUCUAACUCAAUGCACUGUGCUAAAAAAGACAUUACACAUGUUCAGAAAUGUAAGUUAUUGAAGGCUUGGGGGUUUUUUGUUUGUUUUUUUUCAGUGAUUAAUGAGAAGCUGUGAUCUUGUUCAUGGGAUAUUUUAUGCAUUUGUAACUUAAGGAGGAAAAAAAGUAUAAAUGUGAACAGAGAAUUUUUGAAGGUUCUGAACUGGAAAAUACUCAGAAGGGUCAUUGAGACCAAUUCAUGAUGCACCAUCCAAAUAUUAACUCACAAUAUACAUCAUCCUUGGGAGCUGGGGGGGAUUUUGAUCACAAUCUCUACCUAUAACUUGCACACUAUUGUGUUUGGAAAGCACUUGGGAACCUGAAGUAUACUAUAUGAAGUUAGGAUUUACUUUGUUUUGAAAUUAGGCAAAUCACUGAUGCAGACAUAUUUUGAGGAUUUUUUUCCCCUUUUUUUUUGAAAGAUUUUGAGGUAAUCUAAUUUACAGGAUCCUUCCUAUAGGAUCCUAUAGUAAAUAGAACCCUGCAUUUCCCAUUACUGAUGUUUCUUACUUCUGAAACCUGUAAACUGAUUUCUGUCAGAGAAUAUUUUCAAAAUCAACAUCUCCCCUGAGGAUAUGAAAAAUCAAUAGUCCCUUCCAAACAUUAUGUAAUUCAAAUUUCUUCAAAUUUUGGCCUUUAAGUAAUCACCAUGCCCAUUUCUCACAUGGUGUAGGUUCUCUGCCUCACAAAACACCACAGCACAGGUACUAAUCUCACCUUGUAACUAUUUUGCAAUAAUGAGGCUACACCUGCCUUUUAAAUGGUGAUUAUUUUUUUCAGUCAGGGAUGUUAUCAUGCUUUAGUUACAUCAACUGGAACCUCAUUUCUACUAUAGAUUUACACUGUUGAGCACAGUUUUUAAAUGAAAGACACACCUAAUCUCAGGCACCUUCUGGCACUGAAGUUCAGACCUGUUUAUUCCUAGCUUCUGGUUGGUCAGUGCAGCUACAGAGACCUCCAGAGACUGGCUCCAAGCUUAAGCUAAAAUGACUGGACUCUGAAGGUGUAUCUAAAUGUGGAAGGGAGAGUGAGGAAUCCAACAGGUUUGUUCAGCUUGAGGAAAUCAGCACAAUGCAAGACAAGAUGUGAAUUUCUUCCCACUGCCUUCACCCUGUGACUCUGUGAGUGCCUUUUUGCUGUACCAGAAGUGCCUUUGGAGGACAGGCUUGCUGCUGUUCCAGAGCACCUGGAGGAAGUGGCCACCUGUUAUUUGCUCAGGGCUGCCUGGGAAGUGCUGGGACUGGAAAUUAGGAAAGAUUUUGCUGAAGGACACUGGCAGGUAAAAUCAGUGCAACCACGGAGCAUCUCGUUAAGUCUGAUACUGAAACCUUGUCAGGCAAGUUUGAAGUCAAAGGCCAUAUAACUGUCCUAAUUCCUCAAAAUGCUUAAUCAUGAGGGAGCUUCUAAGGAUAUAUUUUGAUCUUGUGUGGGUAAGAGUUAACUGCAUUUAAGAUUCCUGCUGACUUGCCAUCUAAGGCUGGGGUUUUUUGUUUUCUUCCUCGUUUCAGUUUUUGGACAAACCAAGAUAUGUAUGCCUGGGGCAUAUGUGUUUACAACAAUAAAAACCAUAAGCCUGUUUACAA